AAGCUGGGAGGGCCUCCGUCUCCUCCCACUGCUCUGCCCCAGCCAGCGGGAGGAAGAGGAGGCCAAGGGCCUGGACAACUGCAGGGGCCCAGCCCCAAGGAUGGCCAAGUAGGGGCCUCAGCCUGGGCCCACCUACCCAUCACCCACGGAUCCACCCCCACACACUACACCUCCCAGCAGGGCCUGAACCCUGAAUAGAUCUCAGCCCCAGGCCCUUCCUUAGCUGGAAGUCGGGGUACCAAAGCCCCACAUCUGUCUGCUUCCCCCCGCAGCCAUGUUUAUCACGGUGAUGUUUGGAGCUGGCUGCCGGGAGCUGGUGAACCCGUGGUGCAGCCUGGUGACUCUCACUGCCCACCUACGGCAGAGGGGGCAGGUGCCUCCAGAUGCAACCAUCGCCCUCCUGGCUGAGGAUGGGCACCUGGUGAGUCUGGGCAGUGACCUGGAGGAGCGGACUUCCCAGGCCCCCUCCUCCGGCAGCCCCCUGCUGCAGGAGCGUGGGACCUAUGUCCUCGUGCAGAUCAUCAAUGGGGAGGGCGGGGCCCCCACUCGCUAUGAGUCCCUCCUGGAGAACCUGGAUGACCGGUGUCCAGAGCUGGCAGAGGCGCUGCGCCGGCUGUCGGGCCUACCCGCCCUGGGCAGCAGCCGGAGGAGACGUACUGGCACUCGCACUGGCUCUCGGCGUGGCCACCAGGACCGAGGCCCUCCUUCGAGGUCCCAAAGGCUGGGCUCCCUGCUGUCCAGGCCCCGCUAGCGGGGGCCAGAAGCCAGGAGGCAGCUUGGUGAGUCAGCCACCCCACCUCUUCAACCACCCGUGCUCCCGGCAGACAGGCCAGUGAGACGGCACACAGCAGGCUCUGGUCUAAGAUAAACUUUUAAU